UGGUUCCGCCUCCGCCGGGCUCUCUCCGCCGGGCUCUCUCCGUACUGGCUGUGGCGCCGCUGGAAGAGCCGCUCGCUCUGGUGCUGGCGGAGCAGCACGGUCUUUUGGCUCCGCCUGGCGCGGGCUCUGGCCCAGCCGCAGGCGAGGCCCCGGCCCCGAAAGAAGCCCCUGCGGCGGUUCCGCCCGCAGCCGCCCCGCUGCCGCUCAGCUCCCGCCCUGUGGCCGACAGCGUCGCCGGCAGCUUCCCCGCUCCGAUCUCCGCCUCUCGCCAGCUCGGCCGCCGGCCCCGAGCCGCCGCAGCCCAGGGCGGCUGGGCAAGCAGCGGCGCGCCGGGCGGGCGGGUGCCCCGGGCAGAAGAGCGGGAGCGCGGUGCCGCCCGCACGGGCGGAGAAGCCUCCCCUAGAGCAGCUCUACCGGGAGGGUCCGCUGCUGGGCAGCGGCGGCUUCGGCAGCGUUUACUCCGGGACCCGGCUCGCCGACGGCGCCCCGGUGGCCAUCAAGCGAGUGUCCCGGGACCGCAUCUCGGAGUGGGCGCGGCUGAACGGCGCCCUUGUGCCCCUGGAGCUGGCGCUGCUGUGGAUGGUGUCGCGGCCUGGCUCCCGCGGCGUCGUGCGGCUCCUGGACUGGUUCGAGGUGCCCGAGGGCUUCGCGCUGGUCAUGGAGCGUCCGGAGCGCUGUCAGGACCUCUGGUACUUCCUGGACGAGCGGCGGUUCCUGACGGAGCCCGUGGCGCGGGGGCUGUUCCGCCAGGUGCUGGAGGCCGUGCGGCACUGCAGCAGCUGCGGCGUCCUGCACCGCGACAUCAAGGCCGAGAACGUCCUCGUGGACCUGGCUACGGGCGAGGCGAAGCUCAUUGACUUCGGGUGUGGCACGAUCCUCCAGGACACAUUCUACACCCAGAUGUCAGGAACGCCGGAGUACAGCCCACCGGAAUGGAUCCUCUUUGGCUGCUACCAUGGCCAGCCAGCCACCAUCUGGUCUCUGGGCAUCCUGCUCUAUGAGCUGGUCUGCGGGCACCUUCCUUUCCACACCAAGGAGGACAUCGUCCGGGGCCAGCUCUGCUUCCCCGCCGAGGUGUCUCAAGAGUGCCAGCACCUCAUCAGGUGGUGUUUAUGCAUGGACCCCACAGACAGGCCAUCCCUGGAGGACCUUUUUGAGCAUUCUUGGCCAGGAGCCCUGCCUGGCCCAGGAGACAGCAGAGAUGGAUCCCUGUGCACAGUAGGAUCCAGGAGCCCAGCAAGCACCAGCAGCACGAGUCCCGUGGCUCUGGAAGAAAAGCCUGGAGUGUUUCCCUGUGGCUGCAGCGUGGAGGAGAGAGCACAGCCAAGGAGAUGCUUCCGCUGGUCCCCGGCGAGCUGUGGAGGGAGCAGCUCCGAGCUCCCCAUCCUAUUGGAGAAGUGGUGGCAGUGCAGUGAAGGUGCCACGGACUGGGACAGGGGAAACAUCCCCCUGCAGGUCAAUGGCAUCAUGAUGUUGCCGCAAGCCGAGGCACAGCUGGCGUGUUCUUCUGGAGCCCGACGUGGAGCUGGGAACACCAUCCUGGAGCUGGCCGCUGGCGGGGCAGAGCCGAUGGGCUUUGGCUGCGGCCCCUGCCUGGAGGACACGCUCUGCGCCCUGAUGAAAUCAAGAUGAGUCCCCAGCCAGGGCAGGGCUGGGGGGAUGCUGGUGCUUCCAGGCAGAGCAGGGCUCGGCCUGGCCCCGUGCUGGAGGUUCCCCGCUUGGCGACACUGGAGAAUAUUAAUAUUUCUGCUGGCCCCCGAGUUGCUUUUUGGCGUGACAGGGGACUGAUGUUGCCUUGCUGACAGCUUCUGCCAGCCAGCCUGGCACGGGCUGAGGCAGGGGCAGCCAGCCUGACAAAAGCAUCCAUCCA